ACUCUUACUAGAGGGACUCUACUUUUCUAUAUAAAGUAUCUGAUGUAGGUGCAUCAAAAUCCAAAUGCCUAAGUAAACAAAUGGUUGGACAAAUUGUGAAAUUUAUCUAUUAUUUCAGUGAAAACUAUAUUUUCUUGUACGUUUAGUUCGUUAAGUAAUGGGAAGACAUAUUUUAAACUAAAAAAUGUUAAACCAAGCAGUUGUCGAUGCUCUUUACUCAGCGACCUAUAUCGAAAAUUAUUUGGAUUGUGUGGAAAAUUUACCAAAUGAUCUGCAAAGAAAAGUUUCACGUCUUCGUGAACUAGACGCGUCGUGUCAAACUUACUUACGUGAGGUUGAUCAGCAACAGGAGGUGCUAAGAGGAGAUACAGAUGUGUCAACUAGAAGAAAGGCCCUACUUCGCAUACAACAAGCAUUGAUUGCAGCCCAAGAAAUUGGUGAUGAGAAAUUACAAAUUGUAUCACAGGUCCAUGAGCUUAUAGAAAAUAAAUGCCGCCAGUUGGAUCUAGAUUAUCGUAAUUUAGAUUUUGGCAAGGAACAGGAGAGCACAGAACCAGCACGAGAAUCAAAUGCAAAUGUCAAUACAAAUACUACUGGUAACACUAGUGUUACAGAACGGCAACCAAAACGUGCGCGAAGAACAAGAACAGAAACCCUGGUAGAAUCUGCACAUGCAAUGGACAUGAUUGUCAUGACAGAAACUCGUUCAGCUACUCUUUCUAAUGCCAAUAAUUGCAACCAGAAGAAAGCUGCUGCAACAAACACUGGUAAGAAGAAGAAAAGAAAAGCUCGGCAGGGUACACAGCAGAAUCAACAUCGCGAGGAUACACCACCGCCUCCAGAAGACGAUUUGACAAUAGAUCCAGAUGAACCAACUUAUUGUCUUUGCGAUCAGAUCUCGUAUGGAGAGAUGAUUCUCUGUGAUAAUGAUCUUUGUCCUAUCGAGUGGUUCCAUUUCUCAUGUGUUUCAUUGAGUACAAAACCCAAAGGUAAAUGGUUUUGUCCCAAGUGUCGAGGAGAUAGACCUAAUAUAAUGAAACCAAAAGCACAAUUUCUUAAGGAACUGGAGAGGUACAAUAAGGAGAAGGAAGAAAAAUCGUAGCAGAAUGUAACCACUUGAAUUACACACAAACUUUCUAAAGACCAGCUCAUUAUUUUUGUUUCAAUUAAAGAUUAGAGGUUCCUAACUUGACCGUAAUUAUUUUAAACUUACAGCUUCGUUUCUUAUACAAUGUCAAAUACGUCUCUCAGUACGAUAUAGGAAUCAGUGAAAUAUUGUCAUUAGAGUUUCAGCUGCUUCGAAUAUUACUGGCAAUUCUUUUUAA